AUGGAGAGCGUACACUGCGGAUUAUCAUUUCUCAUUUUUAUUACAACUUUUCCUCUCAUCAGUGCGUCACCCUUCCAGUAUAACAUGUUUCAGGGCAACGCGUAUUCUGGCCCCGAAACACGGCAAAGAAAUAAGAACUGGUGCGCCUACGUUGUGCACAAGAACGUGAGCUGUGCCGUCGUGGGAGGCACUGAGAGUUUUGUGCAGCCGGAGUCUUCACCGUGUCCACCGGAGCUGCCAAACUGUGCGCAACAAGUGAUAUACCGCACACACUUUAAGCCGACAUACAAGAUUGCCUACAAGACUGUGACAGAGCUGCAGUGGAAGUGUUGCCCGGGUUACCAGGGCUACAACUGCAUGGAGGUGAAAGACAUGAGAAUAAUCCAAGUGGACCGUUUGCCCCAAGCACCUUUUCCUGUUUCUGGACGUAUUCCAGUCCAACAAGGUCCAGAGGAGCGGACAGACAACCAAAGACACCAUCCAUGGAGAGGAGGAGGAGGGCAAUUUGGUGGUCACACAGGUCACAGACCACACGGGGGUCACAGAGGAUCUCAAAGUGGACAACACCUGGAGGAGGAGGUGCAACGACUCUCCCAGAUGGUCCUUGACAUGCAGGCAAGAAUGACAGACAUGUCUUCAAAUCUGAGACUAGAUUUCCAGGAGGAUGCCAGUAAAAUGCUGGUUACGCUCCUGAAUACCGUCAGACAGCCGGUCAGUGCUCGGGGCGCAGAGCCUGAAACCAUCCAGCUGCAGGACCUGUCUCUGGAUCAUGAGAGAACGCAGAUAGACGAGGUCAUCAACAAGAUCAGCCAGGUCACAGACGAUCUGGAGGCCAAGGGCAACACCCUGAAGGACCUGCUGGGUCGUGUCAACAGUCACGAUGGACAAAUUCAUCUGUUAAUGGAGGCUGCUCAGACCCCGAUGGCCACGGAGGCUCCUCUUCCCCCAGCCAGCGAUCCGGACCUACGCGCCUACGUGGACCAGCAGAUCCGCGCUGUGAGGGAAGAGAUGAUGGAGGGUAUGGAUAUCAAACUGGCAGAUCUGAAGAGCUCAUGUGAUUAUAAAAUCCUGUCUGUUCGGGAGCAAUGUGAGGGUCAAGAAGCCAACUACCUCAGCCUGGCCGAGCUCAUGGACUCUAAAGAAAGUGACCUCCGCAACGAGAUCCAGAACCUCAAGACCAAGCUGGUUAAUACAGAAAAGUUUGCCUCGGUUCUGGUUCGUGUGGAGAAUUUAGAGAGCCGCAUGAACUUAUCUGAGGGGACAGUGGCAGGGCAGUGCCUCUCAAUGGAGGAAAGGCUGAAUAGAGAGCGGGCAGAGGCCAUCAAAAACCUGAAGGAGACUCUAGAGGACAAGCUGGCCUUAAUCGAAGACAAAUUCACCACCUUGCUAGUAGAUACAAGCACCAACUCUGCAUCUGAGAGCCAGCAAACUCUGCAGAGUGAAGUGACAUCUGUUAAAGACUCUUUUAAAACUCUGGAGGAUAGAUUCAAAGCCCUGGAUCAGCUGUGCUCAAAGGAGUGUAAGGCCAAUUUGACUGUUGUAGAAAACCUCCAACAGGACUUCCAGAGCUGCAAAACUGCUGUAGACGCUAUGGAGACUGGUCUAAAAUCCCAGUUAGAUAACCUCGGAGCAAUGGAGGGUCAACUCCUCAAUUAUAGCGCCCGCAUUGAGAGCGUACAUGGUGAUUUGAGCUUCUUGGAAGGGCGUGUUGGCACGUUAGAGGACUCGAUAUCAGACGUACUCCACCAGAGCCUCAACUCCACCGAGGCUCAAGUCAACGCAGGAGCCGAGCAGGAGGCCAAGGACCUUUCGGAGCUUCACAGGACUCAUCAGGAGGAGCUGAGACGACGGCUGGACGAGCUGGGCCGCGAGGUGAAACGAGAGGCCGACCACUGCAGGGAGAAAACGCAGGACGUGGAGAAGGAGAUCGCCCACAUCGACAGCCGCAUUGUCAGUGUCGAAAGUUUGUGCGGCAAGCUGGAUCCCAUCUCGGGAAGCCUCCAGAGGAUCAAAGAAGGUCUGAACAAACACGUGAGCGGGUUGUGGACUUGCGUCAACCAGCUGAACGGCACGGUGAGAGCUCAUGCGCGAGAUAUCGGCGGACUGAAGGGAACAUGUCAGAAGCUCCAGAACCAUAUUUCUGACGUCACCAAAGACCUCGAGGUGCUAACGGAAAGCUCUCCUGGGAAGAAAGGUGUUCAGGUCGCUGCGGAGGACACGAGGCAUCCUCACAGUUCAAAUAACGGCCCUGCAGUAGUGCCGGUCGGCCCCGAGGAAACCUCUCUACUACAGCCGCCACCUGUGAUGGAGACCGGCGAGGCGGGUCCUCCGGGGAAGAUGACCUCGUCCAAGUUGCCCAAAGGGAUGGACGGCAGCAUAAUGCCCGUUCUGGGAUUUGCUGGAGCUCCAGCUUAUCCAAUAAAACCAACUGAAUCUCUGAAAACCCGGAUGCCUCUCCUUCCUGAUGUGACCGUGCUACAGAAACCAUCACCACAGAAACCCGACACGGCUUCGGCUUCGGCUUCAGGUGAGAGAGUAUCAUUCUCAGCUGGUCUGACUCUGACGCCGUUUCACGGAGAGGUCGGGAUCAUUCGAUUCAACAAGUUGCUGGUAAAUGACGGAGGACACUAUGAUCCCAACACAGGUAUCUUCACAGCUCCGACGGACGGCCGCUACCUGGUGACGGCCGUGCUGGCAGCGCAGCGAGGUGAGAAGCUGGAGGCGAUCCUCUCCGUGUCAAACCGCAGCGUGCAGAGGUUGGACUCCACCGGCUUCCUGUCUGGAGCAGCAGCAGCGGCGACGUCACAGCAACAAUGUAACUGCAGCAGCUCGACGUCGCUCAGUCUGGUUCUGUCACUGAAGCGAGGCGACCGAGCCGGACUGGUUCUGACCGCCGGACAGCUCGCCACCACCACCUCCUCCUCCUCUGAGGUCCUGUCGUCUUUCAGCGUCGUCCUUCUUUACUCCAGCCCGUCCAAACGGUAG